CCUGGGCCGUCCCCUGGGCCUCCUCCCGGGGGAGGAGACAUGAAAGUGAAAGCAUCUCAGUCGAUCAGACUCCAUUCGGUGUGAACAGACCAGAAGAAAGAGACGUAAAAACAGUGAAUCAGGGUUUCUCUGACCCUCUACACACAUGCGGAGAAUCGCCUUUCUAUUUUCCAGGACCGCUCAGAGAGCUGCUGACUCGAGCUGGAUCACUAGAAACUAAACGUUAAGAUCCAGAAGAUGGAAGUUUCACUAGAUGGGAAGAAGGACAAAUCAGAAUCUCUAGGGUCCAGCUGUCUGUCUAUGAAGAGUGAUCAGUCCAAAAACGCUCCUCCAGUCUUCAGUAAUGAGCCUGGGCCCUCAGCGCCAAGAGGCAGGAAGAGGAGUGGUGUUUGUUUGGAGGAGCAGAUGUCCUGCUGUGCUUGGUGCCAGAACGUCUUGAAGGAUCCUGUCUCUAACAAUUGUGGGCACUGGUUCUGCAGACAGUGCAUCGCCUCAUACUGGGACCAGUUUGCUUCAAAGGGACACUCCUCUUGCCCCCAGUGUGGAAAAAGAUUCAGAAGCAGCGCUGGACAGCAGACAGCCAAUCAGAGCAGCUCUGCACAUGAUGUUGGUCUGCAGGAGGUUCUAGAGGAACAUAAGAUCAGUCUGAGGAGGAGAUGUGAAUGUGUGACUGAAGGAAGUGAUGAAACAGGAAGUAGAACCCUCCUCAACAGGAUCUACACUGAUCUCUACAUCACAGAGGGACAGAGUGAAGAGGUUAAUAUCCAACAUGAGGUGAAGCAGCUGGAGAGAGCUUCCAAGAACCAGAACCUCCAUGACUCUCCAAUCAGGUGCCAUGACAUCUUUAAACCCUUACCUGACCAGCAUGGACCCAUCAGAGUGGUUCUGACCAACGGCGUUGCUGGUGUUGGAAAAACCUUCUCAGUGCAGAAGUUCACUCUGGACUGGGCAGAGGGCUUGGAGAACCAAGAUGUCAGUGUGGUGGUUCUGCUUUCAUUCAGGGAGCUGAACUUGAUCAGAGAGGAGCAGCACAGUCUUCUCACGCUGCUCCAUGUUUUCCAUCCAACACUCCAGAAGCUCCCAGCAGAGAAGCUGGAUGUCUGUAAACUUCUCUUCAUCUUUGAUGGUCUGGAUGAAAGCAGACUUUCUCUGGACUUCAACAACAGUCGGCUUGUUUCUGAUGUCACCCAGAAGUCAUCAGUCAACGUUCUGCUGACAAACCUCAUCAAGGGGAACCUGCUGCCCUCGGCUUUCAUCUGGAUAACUUCCAGACCUGCAGCGGCCAAUCAGAUCCCUCCUUCAUGUGUUGCCAGGGUAACAGAAGUACGAGGCUUCACUGAUGCUCAGAAAGAGGAGUACUUCAGGAGGAGGUUCAGUGAUGAAAAGUUGUCCAGCAGAAUCAUCUCCCACAUCAAGACCUCCAGGAGCCUCCACAUCAUGUGUGGAAUCCCAGUCUUCUGCUGGAUCACUGCUACAGUUCUGGAGAACAUGUUGACCACAGAGCAGAGAGGAGAGCUGCCCAAGACCAUGACUGACAUGUACUCACACUUCCUGCUCCAGACAAAGAGGAAGAAGAACAAGUACCAUGAAGGACAUGAGAGGAGUCCACAGGAGCUGAUGGAGGCUGACAGGGAAGUUCUUCUGAAGCUGGGGAGGCUGGCGUUUGAACAUCUGGAGAAAGGAAACAUCAUGUUCUACCAAGAAGACCUGGAGCAGUGUGGUCUAGAUGUCCCAGAGGCCUCGGUGUACUCAGGAGUUUGUACAGAGAUCUUCAAAAGAGAGAGUUUGAUCUUCCAGAAACCAGUUUACUGCUUUGUUCAUCUGAGCAUCCAGGAGUUCCUGGCUGCGGUCUACAUGUUCUACUGUUUCACCAGCAGGAACACAGGGGUGAUGAAGAGAUUCCUGGGGAAAAAGUACAGUUACUCAUCUGUGGAUGGCUUUGCUGAUAAAAACGUAUUCAAAUCUCUCCGAAAUAAAAUAAUAUAUUUGAACAGAGUUGACAGUUACUCAUCUUUGCAUCACUUUCUGAAAAGAGUAAUGGAGAAAUCCCUCAAAAGUAAAAAUGGCCACUUGGACUUGUUGGUUUGGUUCCUUCAUGGCCUCUCUGUGGAGUCCAACCAGAAACUUCUAGAAGGUUUGCUUGGCCAGACAGAUGACAGCCCUGAAACCAUACAGAAAGUCAUUAACAAUCUUAAGGAGAUCAGUGUGUACCUGCGUGAGACUGAGAACAGUUCUGGCAUCCAAAAGAAGAUGAAGAGGUCCAAUCUCUCCCCAGACAGAAACAUCAACAUCUUCCACUGCCUGAUGGAGAUGAAUGACCUCUCUGUUUAUCAAGAGAUUCAAGAGUUCCUGAAGUCAGAGAACAGAUCAGAGAAGAAGCUCUCAGAGAUCCAGUGCUCCGCUCUGGCGUACAUGCUUCAGAUGUCAGACGAAGUUCUGGAUGAACUGGACCUGAAGAAAUACAACACAACAAAGGAGGGAAGAUGGAGACUCUUUCCUGUUGUUAGGAACAGCCGAAAGUUCCGAGUCGUUCAGUGUGAACUCUCAAAGCCUCACUGUGAAGUUGUGGCCUCAGCUCUAAAAUCCAACCCAUCCCAUCUGAGGGAUCUGGAUCUGAGUUGGAACAAAAUAGGAGAUUCUGGAGUGAAGCAUCUGUGUGCUGGGCUGGAGAGUCCAAACUGUAGGCUAGAGAUCCUGAGAUUGGUUAAGUGCAGGUUGUCAGAGAUCAGCUGGGCUUCUCUGAUCUCAGCUCUGAUGUCCAACCCAUAUCUACUAGAACUGGACCUGAGUGAGAACAAAGACCUGAAAGAUGCUGGAGCCAAGAAGCUCUGUGGUUUUCUGAAGAGUCCACUCUGCAGACUAAACAUUUUGAGAUUGUGGGGCUGCAGAUUGUCAGAGAUCAGCUGUGCUUCUCUGGUCUCAGCUCUGAAGUCCAACCCGUCCCAUCUGACAUACCUGGACCUGAGAGGGAACAACUUGAAGGAGUCAGAUGUUCAGCAGCUGGAGGAUCUUGUAAAGAGUCCUGACUACAAACUGAAUAAUGUGUUGAGGUGAUGAUCUUUGUUCAGGAGAGAAGCUGAGCUGUGUCCUGAUGAUCCACAGAGGUUGAAGCUGCAGCAGUUUAAGUUUAAAGAGACUCUGACUGGAUCCUGAUGAUGAACUCUGAGUUUAGAGAUUUUUAUCCUGUUUAUUUUCUCAUGUCUGUCAUUUAGUGUCUGAUAUUGUUUGUCUCUCUGGACCAAUGAAGAUGAAAUUAAAACAAAGCUGCAUUUAGUGGCUCCAUGUAGUUUUGAUCUGGAUUUGAUUAAACUGUAAAGUUGAUCUUUUUUCUCACUGAUUCAUUUUCAGCCUGAAACCAAGAAACAUGAAAUAAAGCUCAAUUCAGACGUU